CACUUCGCAACUUACCUGAUAUCUGUGUGAUCUAAGGCCAAGACAUCAACUAUGGCUCAGCGUGUAGCACGUGCCACUCAAACCUGGCAACCCCAGAAGUACUUAAAGUUCCAGCGUCAGCGUCUGCGUCCGGCAUUGGAGCUGCUCUUGCGGGUGCCGGAACUUCCCACUACCGAUGGCGACGCAGUGGAGAUCGUCGACCUCGGCGCUGGGACGGGUAACAUGGCUCCUUCCUUCCUAAAACGCUGGCCCAAGGCGCACGUGACGUUCGUGGACUCGUCGGCUUCCAUGCUGAAUGUCGCUCAACAGGAACACGAUGAGAACGAGACUCUCGACACGCAGCGAUUCUCCUACGUUCAGGCCGAUUUCGAGACGUAUGCGCCCGAACGACCCGUGGACUUGAUUUUCUCGAACGCAGCACUGCAGUGGGUGAACGCCGAAAAGCACAAGGAGAUCCUUCCCCGCCUUUAUUCCUUCCUGAAGCCUGGUGGUGUACUGGCCUUUCAAAUCCCGGACACUCGCCUUCAGCCGAGCCACCAGCGUAUGGUCGACGCGGCGGCAAAGUUGGGACUAAGUGACCGUGUGGCUGGCGUUCGAUGGGUAACGUGCGAGAAAGACCCAGAUUUCUACUACGAGCUGUUCAAGGCUGUCGACAAUGGCGCGGAACUCGAUAUGUGGGCGGCUGUGUAUGCGCAGGUCCUGGAGGGAGACAACCCUGUUGCCGACUUCACCGGCUCGACAGCUCUUCGGCCGUACAUGGAAGCUCUGGGUGAACCUUCCGAGAACGCAACCAAGUUCGAACAAACGUACCGCGAGAUGAUCGCAGCCGCAUAUCCAAAACAGAGCGAUGGUAACACUAUCUUCAACCUCAAACGGUUUUUUGUCAUGGUUACUAAGCCAGAGUAGACUGGCGACUCACAGGCGUACCCCGUCUAGCAAAUUUAAAGCCGAAUACACUUGUAUCUUGCUCCAUUCAGUCGCCAUUGAUGAGUGGAUGUUUAUCGCCA